GAAUGAGUCGGAAUCACGCUGCCAUGAUUUUGGGAAGAAUUAUCUCCAAUUCUUCUUUCAAUUCAUCCACUCUCCCCAUUGCUUCUCUACACUCGUUUCUUGUCAAACCCAGAUUCAAUUUUGAUAAUCUCACCCACCAAAUUAGAUACUUCUACGCCAAACCCAGAUUCAAUCUUGAUAAUCUCAGCCACCAAAUUAGAUCCUUCUCCUCCUAUCCCAGAUUUAAUCUUGAUAAUCUCACCCACCAAAUUAGAUACUUCUCCGCUUAUCAUAGAUUCGAUUUUGAAUCUAUACGUGAGCCCAAUGAUGCCGUCGCUCUAUUUCGGGAUUUGAUGAGAACAGAGCCGCUUCCUUCUGUUAAGCUUUUCUCGAAAUUGCUGAGUGCUGUGGUCAAGAUGAGACAAUACUCUCUUGCCCUUCAUCUGAUCGACGAAAUGCUUCAAAGGGAUGUUCCUGUAGAUCACUACAUAUUGAGUAUUGCGAUUGAUUGCUACUGCCGACUAAAAAAACCUGAUUUUGGGUUUGCAAUCUUAGGCAUUUUUUUAAAGCGUGGGUACGAGCCUACUGUGGUGACCUUUACCAUUCUCAUCAAAGGGUUACUGUUGGUUGGAAGGAUCCCAGAGGCAGCUAAAGUGUUGUGGAAGCUGUCGGUCUACCGAUUAUGCGAGCCCGAUGAACAGACGUAUAAUACUAUGAUUAAUGGGAUUUGCAAAGCUGUAGGUAGUCUCCAUGCGCUGGAAUUGCUCUGCUUAUUGGAAAAAGAAAAGGGAAUCUGCAAACCCGAUGUCUAUUCUUACACUGCAGUCAUUGAUCGUCUAUGCAAGGAAGGAAAGGUGGACGAUGCUCUCCAACUCUUCUCCUCUUUGGGUGAUUGUUACAACUCAGGAGCUAUCUCAAGUUGGGCCGAGGCAACAACAAGAAGGUGAAGCCCAAGAAGAAUCCCAUGACCCAGCAGAAGGAAAUCGGCCCAAGAGAGUGACAAAGAUGCCAAAACGCUUUAAGGAUUAUGAGCUGGAGUAGGAAGAACACGUGGAGUUUUUGGUCCCCUCUUUCUGUUAGAGU